CCAGUUAACAAAGAAAGGAAAAAAACAGGAAGGAGGAAAUGAGGGAAAUUUAAAAUAGAAACAGAUGAUAUCCGUCCUGAAACCUUCGGAUAACAAGACGUUUAGAUAAUUGUCAGAGAGAGAGACAGCCUGAGGUCUGUAUGAGAGGACUCUUUCUGGCCGGACUGAAUCAGGAUGAGGAGUUCCUCCUCCCUCCUCUCUCCUCCCCCUUCUCCUCACCCUCCUGCCCCCCUCCCCCUCUCCUCCUCCGCUCCUCUGACUGGCUGUCCUGAUCUCGACCUGUCCAUCACACUCAGCCCUGCUCCCAAGACCUGCAACACACAACUGAAGCUCCGCCCACAGAAGGCAAGUCAGCAGAAGCCCCUCCCACGAGGUCAGGUGGGAAGAAAGGGUAACACACAGGUGUGUUUUGAAGAGCCGGUGGUCGUCAGGGUAACACCGGAGCCUCACAUCUCAGUGAACAAAGACUCCCUGCCUCAGCAGCCAAUCAAAGGUCAGAAGAGGAACAGUGGACGUCACCAUGCCCCCAGGCAGUUGGUGGACCCUCCUGCUGCAGCAUCUAAUCCAGAUCCACGCUGUCUGGAGAUGGCAGAGCUAAACACCACUUUGGCUCUGAAGGCAGAGCUCCAGUCACUGCAGGGGGUGGAGUUUAACUCCCGGAAGGCUAUUCAGGAGACUCUACAGAGGUCAGAGAGGACCAAAAACCUGAUCAACACCAGAGCUACUGAAGUAGUGAAUGUCUCCCCCGCUCAGCUUCUCUUCACCUCAUUGGUCAGCGUGGAUGUGCAAGAGGAUCAGCUGAUCAGCCAGGUGCUGCAGGACAGGCUGCUGCUGGCCCUGCCCCCCCGCUGCCAUGGCAGCAAGGCAGCUGCUCGCCCCUCCCUCCUCCCCUUCAUGACCUCUGACCUCCUCAGACAGAAGCCCCUCUCACCAGAAGAGGAACCAGUAAACUACAAGCUCCACCCAUCAACACGACACCCUCAAUGGACUUUUGACCUCUACAGACAACGGAGACGUUAUGAGGCCACGCCCUGACAAAUACACAGGAGAGUUCUGAUUGGCUGGGGGUACUGAGGCUCUUAUUGGCCAGACUGUGUGAUGUCUUUGAAUAAUAAUGUUCAUCAUCAGUUUUUAAAUUAUUAAUGUAAACUAAAAUCUGUUUUUAUUCAAGUAAAGAGCCAAAUCUAUAUAUAUAUAUUUUCUCUCUUGGAUGAUGUCAUGAUUGAUGCUGUGCUACAGGACAUCCAAUCAGAAGGGUUUAUUAUAGAUACGGAGCAAAACAUGGAAGUGUAACUCGGCUGAAGUGAACAGAACGUAAUACUGUGUCCUGCAUCAGUAAAGGCCUGUACACACCAGGAACCAAUAAACAACGUAGAAAUGCAAAAUAAACAACGUGGUGUAUGUUGA